UCUUUUUUUAUUUUUAAAAAAUUAUUUACGUAAGUAUCGUCGGACAUCUUGCUAAACUGUAAUCCCUCUUUCUAGAAUGUUAAAUCUGGGGUGGCAAAGGCAAAAACUACCCGAAUAAAUGCCUAAAGGAGUUUAGGUCAAGCUAUCAAAGACAGUAGAGGCAGGACCAGUUACUGAAAAGCAAGAUCUCAACUACUCUUCCACUCUUAAUAAAUUAUAAUUAAUUAACUAGGCCCUUAAAUAUUUGCUGGGCACAGAAGGAUCACUUUUGUCAUGUGCCCUAAACAAGAAAAUUUGUUAAUGUCCCCACCAAUUAUUGAUUCUCAUUAAUACAAAUUUCCAGAGAUACCAUUGACUAUAGCUGAAUCUGAAUCCAAUUGCUACACACCAAAUUCAAGUUUGGAAUUUGGUUAUGACAGCACAUAUCAGGUUGCGAGCCUCUAGUUGGGUUGAAUCUUAGGUAGCCAGUGCAUACCAAGAUCUACCUUUUCAUGCUAAAAAACUGAUCGCCCUCUAAAGUCAAGAUGGAGGAAUUGACAGUGACUUGGGAGCAUAAUCCACCGUUAAACUCAAAGCGUGUUUGUUUUGGUUUGAAAAUUAAUCGUUUUCCAUCCUUUCCCCUUAUGAUAUAGUAAUCAAAUUUUAACUUACUAAAUCUUGAUUCAAGCAGGUUGGGUAGAUGGAUUGAUCCUAAUUAUAUCAGGUAUUCUGAUUCAACCACGAUGGAUUAUGUCGGAUGUCCUGUGGGUAGGAUCUAAUUACCAAACAAUGAACUGAAAAGGGAGUGGAAUCAAAUGCAGCAGGUUUAGUCUCUAAGGGCUUACGGUUCAGGCCACAAUGACAGGCCCUAGAAAUGAAGCACAAAUGAUAACAAACGCGUCUUUAACCCAUAUUUGAAAGCCACCACCUUCUCUCCCAGUCUCUUCUUCAACCAAGAACUUCCCUGCAGAUCAAUGGCUUCUUGCUCCCAUUGGUGGCAUGCACCAGUCUACUUCAUUGCCUCUGCAGUCUUGGCAUUCAUAGCAAUCUCCACCGCACUGAAUUCACCAUCCAACAAUGCAACGAGACCAACCAGACCAACAAGCAAUUACCUCUCAUUGAAUGCAUCAAGAACUCUAAGGGAAUCCGGGUUCAAUAUCAUGGCUACCCUUCUCUCGAUUUCCCCUGAAAUGUUCUUUGUAUCUCCUAACACAACCAUCUUUGCCAUUAAAGACUCUUCCCUCGUUAACACCUCUCUCCCUCCCUGGUUCUUGAAAAAUCUCCUUCAAUACCACACCUCUCCUUUGAAACUAUCCAUAGAGGAUGUCUUCAAGAAACCUCAAGGCAGUUGCUUCCCAACACUUGUUGAUCGAAAGAAACUUGCUGUAACCAAGAUUGAUGCAAAAGAAAGACUGGCAGAGAUCAAUCAUGUAUUAGUAUCUCACCCUGACAUGGUUCUUGAAAGAAGGAUUGCAAUUCAUGGUGUUCUUGCACCAUUUUCAUCAUUGAGGUCUAAAGAUGUUUACUUUGGAUGGGAGUCUAUUCAAGCUCCAAUUUGUGAUGCCAAUUCCAGUUUAGUUUCAGAUGCUAAUGCCCCCAGGAUCAUUUUGGAAUGGACCAGGAUUAUCCAUUUGCUUAGCUCCCACAGAUUCGUGUCAUUUGCAAUUGGAUUGAAUUCUGUUCUUGAUAGGAUUCUUGCCGAUCACAAGAACUUGAGUUCUGUAACAAUCUUUGCUCCUCCAGAACUUGAGUUUGUGGCAUCUUCAUCACCAAUGCUUGAGAAGAUUGUGAGGUUGCACAUACUGCCUCAAAGGGCUACGUACAUAGAACUUGCUGCAUUGCCAGAUAAACAACGGCUGAGGACGCUGCUCCCUGGUGAAGAUCUUGAGAUUAAUAAAGGUGUUGAUGUUACACAGGGUUUGGCCAUUGACGGAGUAGAGAUUGCAACACCAGAAAUCUUCUCAUCCAAGGAGUUCAUAGUUCAUGGGAUUACUCGAGCUUUCAAGAUGGCUAAAUUUCCUAAUGCAUCAAGAUAGCGGGUUAGCUUCAUGGUACUUGUUGAUAAGCCUUCUGUUCAUCCAUGCUUUUGAUGCACAGUCCAGAUAGGAUAGUUCCAUUGUUGCUCCACCCCCUAGGUGUAAGAAAUACCUUUAUGCAGUUUUUGUUAGCUAAGUCAGCUCUAGUGUGUUGAGCUUUGAUAUGAACACUUCAUUGUAUUCGUAGCUGUUAAUUCGACCAUGUUUAGUCAGGUGCUGACAGGUUUACAAACUUCUGAGGCUUCUUAAUAUAAUGGGUUGGAAUAAAGUUAUCUGACGCCAAACAAAACUUUCAGCUGGUUGUUUCAACUUAACCCAAUUGAUUUUCAUUUCGGAGAUCAAUUACUGGUUUGGUGCUAAUGAAAAAACCUUGGCUCAGUGAAAGGUUUAAAAGGUGCAAA